AUGACGAAACGCCGAAGAAUAGUUCAGGCUGACAAAAUAAUACAAAAUGUUAUUAACGUAUUUUGUUUAUUGAUGUUCCUACAGUUAAAAGGUAAAUUUAUGUCUUUAGAUAUACACAUUUCAAUCGAAGAUGAUAAUAAACACAAGCUUUUCCCACCAGGUUACUAUUCAACCACAAGUAAUCCUGUGUUGUUAUAUUCUACUGCUUCUGAUAUUCGAGUUGCAAACACUUCAAAAUUGGGGAAAAUAAACGUUAUAAUAAAAGGCCUAGAGCAAGGCUCUGCUGUAGACUUUCUCUAUAGAAAAAAUACAAUUUGCUACUCAGAUCAGACUGCGGAACUGAUACAAUGUAUGGAAUACAACGAAACCCAUUCAGGAGAGAAGAUAAGAAUAGUUUCAGAAGGCAUAAUUACUCCUUCUGGUAUCGCAUUAGAUUGGUACACAAAUAAAAUGUAUUGGACAGAUGGUGAAACUAAUAAAAUUGAAGUGAUUUGUAUUGAAUAUAAAUACAGAAAAGUGCUGUUUUGGUCAGAUGUUGACCUUGCAAGAGCUAUUGCUCUCGUUCCUACAGAAGGGCUUAUGUUCUGGACCGAUUGGGGAGAAAUCCCCAAAAUAGAAAGGGCUGGUAUGAAUGGAGAUCCAGCCACUAGGAAAGUUAUAGUGAAGGAUAAUAUUUUUUGGCCGAACGGAAUCACAGUUGAUUAUAACAAAAAUUUAAUAUACUGGGUUGACACUAAAUUACAAUUUGUUGAUGUGAUGGAUUUCAAUGGUGAGAAUCGUAAAAGAGUCGUUAAAGAUGGUUUGAGGCAUCCAUAUGCUCUGGCUUAUUUUGAUAAUAAACUUUAUUGGACUGAUUGGAAGAAGUGGUCCAUAUAUACAUAUGAUAUAGCUACAAAUAAUUCUCUUAAAGAAAUUAUAAAAUCUGACCAUGUGCCAGUGGACAUCAAGGUGUAUGAUGAGAGUCGGCAAGUUAAACCCAAUGGAGAGUACCCUUGUAAAAACAAUGAGAAAUGUUCACAUCUGUGCCUUCUAGCACCGAAUUCACCUGGCUAUGUAUGCAGUUGUCCCACCGGUGUUAAGUUAAAGGAAGGUAGCAAUACAACCUGUUACAACGGACCACAGUCAUUGCUGUUGGUGGCUCAGAGAUCAAUCAUAUCUAAAAUAUCCCUUGACUCACCAGACUACACACCUCACCCAUUACCAUUGAAAGAUCUUAAAAGAGCUCUUACUGUUGACUUUGAUCCUAAAACUGAAUAUAUAUAUUGGGCAGACAGCAUGUCCAAGACAAUAUCUCGAGCACGUCUGGAUGGCAGCGACCAAUCAGUAGUGAUCCAUUGUAGCGGUGUACCGGACGGUAUAGCUAUAGAUCCGCUAGCUAGGAACAUUUACUGGACCGAUCCUAUAUCUGACACUAUAACUGUGGCCAGGCUAGAUGGACAGGCUAGAAAAGUUAUAAUUCACGACGAGCUGUACGAUCCUCGCGCGAUCGCCCUACAUCCGAUGGCCGGCUGGAUGUUCUGGUCUGAUUGGAACGAGAAGAAACCUAAGAUAGAACGAGCCAACCUCGACGGCACGGGGCGGGUGUUGCUAGUCUCAGAAAAACUGAUUUGGCCGAAUGGCAUCGCUUUGGAUACGGAAAAAAAUAAACUUUACUGGGGUGAUGCGAGAACACAUAAAAUAGAGGUAUGUAAUAUGGACGGGUCCGGUAGGCGUGAGCUCCAUGGGAGUGACAUUCUCCAUAUAUUUGGACUCACUCUUCUGGGUGAUAAUCUGUACUGGACUGAUAUGCAGCGACGUACUUUGGAUAAGAUAAACAAGGAAACUGGGUCGUCACGUCAGUCGGUAGUGGAUCAAAUGGCCAACAUGAUGGGUGUGCGAGCGGUGCGCGUGGGUCCGCUGGCUAGCCGAAACCCUUGCUCUGCGGAACGAGUCUGCUCACACCUGUGCUUCAACCGACCAGACACACAUGUGUGCGCCUGCCCUAUUGGUCUAGAGCUCGGAAGUGACAGAAAGACUUGCAUAGAACCAGAAGCGUUCCUCAUGUACAGCAGGAAAAACAUCAUCGGACUUAUAAGUAUUGACAAUGAGAACAACGACGCUGUGCUACCUAUAAAAGAGUUGAAAGAAGUCAGUGCCCUAGCAGUAGACGUGUCCGGUUCCAAGUUAUACUGGUCUGAUAGCAAAACGAAAACAAUAAAUCGAUGUAAUAUAAACGGAUCUAAUAUGGAGAAGAUAUUAGAGUUUAUGGGCCUUGUUGAAGGUGUGGCGAUAGACUGGUCGGCUCAGAACAUUUACUGGUCGGACACGGCGGCGCAUCGCAUAGAAGUGGCCAGACUCGACGGAUCUAGUAGACGCACCAUUAUAUGGCAGGGACUCAAGAAACCUAAGAGCAUUGUACUCGACCCACGGAAGGGCUACAUGUACUGGUCGGAGCUAGGAUCCAAGACUAUCAAACGAGCCACUAUGGACGGAUCAUCCCCUAUAGUUCUGUUCGAGCAGGUUGUUAAAGUCCACGCGCUGGCCAUAGAUUACGAGAAGAGAGCCAUCUACUGGGCGGCACUGGACUCUAUGGUCAUUGAAUACGCCUUCCUGAACGGAACUGGGAGGAAAGUGCUACUUGAUAAUAUACCCAUGCCGUAUGCGUUGGCUCUAUAUAACGAUCGUGUAUUUUGGGGUGAUUGGAAUACAGGUCUCGUGGAGGUCGCAAAGAAAUCGGAUGGAUCGAAUCGUAAGACUAUUCAUACACAGUUGGACUAUAUAUCAGAUUUGAAGAUUUACCACAGGGGCAGAGACAACCUGUCCAACCAGUGUGGGGUCGACAACGGGGGCUGCUCGCAUUUAUGUUUACCUUUGACAAACAAUGAUUAUAGAUGCGCUUGUCCCACACACUACAGACUCAACAGGGACAAUCUCACGUGUUCCGAGCCCGAAGAGUUCUUGCUAUACGCUCAAAAGAAUGCCGUGGGUCGUAUACUGGUAGCUAAUAAUGAGUGUAGUGACGCCUUCAUCCCUCUGACGGGUCUCAGGAACGUGAAAGCUAUCGAGUAUGAUCCAAUCAACAGACAUCUCUAUUGGAUGGACGAAGAAAACCACUCGAUACGUAGAGUUCCCAUAUCUUACUCUGCGACAUCAGCGAUCACAGACUCUACAAACAUCGUCUCCGAUCUAUCAAGACCUUUCCACAUGGUGUUGGAUGUGAUAGGAAGGACUCUGUACUGGACAUGUCUCAACGCAGACUCUAUCAACGCUACUUCCAUAGAAAACAACUCUUUAUCUGGUGUUGUAAUACGAGGGGACAAUAUGCUGCCCAGAUAUUUGGCGUUCCAUCAAACAAAAAGGUUACUAUUCUGGAGCGAUGCUGGUAUGGGCGGUAUAUUUCGAUCAUCGGUGGACGGGUCGGAGCGAACACAGCUGGUGCGUGUGGACAACGUGACCGCCCUCACUCUGGACACGAGCGGUGUACACGCGCUGUACUGGGCUGUGGGGAGACAGAUACACGCCGUGGACAUUGACGGCACCAACAGGCGAGUCGUCUGGCAAGGCGGGGCUGUAGGUGCCCUGGCGGCUUACAGCGGUGCUUUGUACCUCGGCGGCGAGCGUGUUCCCAGCCGGCUGCCAUUACACCGACGCGACGCUCCCGCGACACCGCUCGCUCACGUGCAGCGGAUACUGUCCGCGGUCGGUGUACACCGCGUCCCACACGACCACUCCUGCUAUGGGGCGUGCGGCGGAGCCCCGGCCACCUGCGGCAAGGACGGGGUCUGCGGCUGCGGACUGAGGUGCUCCACCCGGAGACACUGCGAACCUGACCACUUCCUGUGCGGACGAGACAUCGGACCCACCACUAACAACGUACAAUGUAUACCCAUGGAAUGGAAAUGUGACGGUCAGCACGACUGUCCGGACGGGUCUGAUGAGUCUCAGUGUGACAGCUGCGCGGGGCUUCACUGUGCAGACGGGUCCUGCGCCCCAACACUCGGCGGCUGUCCCACGGGCGCCUACUGCACACACGCACUACCAGACGCCUUCCGUUGUGACGACCGUCUCUGUCUGCCGGCCGGUCUGCUGUGUGACGGUCGCUCUCACUGUGAAGACGACUCAGAUGAAGCCCCCGCCGCCUGUGGAUACGUUCAUAAGGAUCAGAUGGUAUCGGCGGGUGCGAGUGGUCAUUCGCACGUGUUAGUGGUAUGCGGGUCGGUAGUAGGGACGGCGGCGGUGGUAGCGGCUUUGUGGGCGGCCGUGAGGCGCUACUCCAGAGCAGGCAGACACCAGCCGCAUCAGAGAACACUCGCACUCAACAAGCCGGCCACACGACCCAGGACAGAUGUACCAUCCUCCGAUUCGUUUCUCAGAUUGAGCGCGAUGGGCACUGCUUCGGGGUGUGGAUCUCGCUCGGGCUCCGGUUCGGGCUCGGGCUGGGGCUCGGACAGUCUGUGUGGACGAUACCCACGACCUACAGCCAACCCUCCGCCCAGUCCAGCCACGGCCUCAGGAGGAAGACGACGCGCCUACAGGAAUUAUAAGGCUUCGAACAGGCCUCCGCCCCCCACACCGGCCUCCACUGACGCCAACGAAUCAGAGAACGAACACGCGAGGGCGCCACCACCAUCGCCGGCACCCUUACUAUACUAG